AUGAAUGUCUUCUUCGAUGAAGAAAAACUCGAAAGAGGGGAACAACUUUCACUAGCACUUUCCCAAGCAAUUUCAGCCUCAGAUCUCUCGAUAAUCAUUUUGUCCGCCGACUAUGCUUCUUCCAAAUCAUGCUUAGCCGAACUCUCUGACAUCAUGCAUCGCAGGCGUACGCGACAACAUAUUGUUCUCCCCAUCUUUUACCAUGUUGAUCCCUCCGAUGUGCAAAAUCUAAGUGGGAGUUUCAAAACAUCCUUCGAUGACCAUGAAUCAAAUGGGCUGCGUCAAGUACAACAGUGGAAAAAGGACUUCGCCCAAGUCGGAUCAUUACCCGGAAUUCACAUAGAGGACGACAAACCUGAAACUGAUCACAUCAAGCAUAUUGUUGAAUAUGCUAUGCAAAAGUUGAUGAAGCAUCAAGUUUUCUUGAGCUUAGGUGAGGACACGCGCCUCAACUUCAGCAGUCAUCUUCUCAAAGCUUUGGAAUGCACGGGAAUAAAUGUCUUCUCCAACAAAGCAGAGAUUCAAUUCUCUCAAGCAAUUGCAGCCUCAAAUCUAUCGAUAAUUGUUUUAUCUAAAGACUAUGCUUCUUCGGAAUCAUGCUUGGCUCAACUCUCUGACAUCAUGGGGCGUAAGCGCACUCAAAAACAUAUUAUUAUUCCCAUCUUUUACCAUGUUGAUCCUUCUGAUGUGAGGAAUCUCGGUGGGAGUUUCAAAGCAUCCUUUGAUGAUCAUGAAUCAAAUGGGCUAUGUCAAGUGCAAAAAUGGAAGGAAGACUUUGUUGAAGUUGGUAAAUUAAAAGGGUGGCAUAUAGAGGGAGGCAAAUUCGAUAGGCCUGAUACUGAGUACAUUAAAGAUGUUGUUCGAUAUAUCUUAAAAAUGUUGGAUCGCAAAUCUAGAAGUAUUUCUGAUGAUUUGGUUGGAAUGGAUGAUCAGAAAGAAAUGAUUUUAAGGCUGAUUGAGCAAAAAGAUAGUCGUGUAUUAGGACUUUGGGGAAUGGGUGGUAUAGGCAAAACUACUCUUGCUGAUGUUGUUUAUAAUGAAAUCUCCUAUGAGUUUCAAAGUCGUUGCUUUCUUCAAAAUGUUAGAGAGGAAAUAGAAAAAAAGGGAUGA